GCCCAGGGAGCAUAUGCGAAUGGCAGAAGCCGACGAGCGGGACGCCGAAGCAGGAAGUCAGAGAAAGAAGACGAGAAGGGAUAUGCCAAUGGCUACACGAACGGCUACGUGAAUGGCAUGGCGAAUGGCCAUGCGAAUGGCCAUGCGAACGGCUUGGCAAAUGGCAUGGUCAACGGCUACGUAAACGGCCACGGGUCCGCCUCGCAGGAGGUCAGGAAUCUCCUCUCCACCAACACCCCUGGUGAGUCGAAUUGGCAGUAG